AUGGCAUUGAUACCAUACGCACCGCCUCCCACAUUUCGGCCACUGCCGUUCUGUCGGCGAUGCAGGUUCCUGUCUAUUCCAUUUGAAAUACGUUUGAUCAUCUACGAAUUUGUAUUUCGGGGAGAGCUGUAUGAUCUUUUUCCUGAUCAUAUCGCACAUCCUGAGAAAUACAAUCUCUCCCAUUUCAUGGAUGAACCCCCCAAGGACUGGACUACGCCGCUACAACUGCUCCUAGUGUGCAAGCAAAUUCACAAUGAAGUGGCGGCAUGUUUUUACAAGAAUAUCUCGCUUGAGUAUGAUCUUGAUCGAUGGAUCUCAGCUUUGAACAUGAUCGGUCCCCGAUACGGUGCUUUGAUCAAGCAGGUUGAGAUUGUGCACGAAUGCUGCGAACGCCAUCGCCGUAUAGGUGAUGAUGGUGCAGUGUGGAAUUGCCUAGAUUCGUCCAGCGAACACAAGAAAUACAGUCGUCUUUUCGAGUGCUUAGCAUCUAACAACGUCUGUCCUGGAUACCUUAAAAUAAGAAGUUAUACGUUCAUUGCCGAGGACAAUGAUAACACCGCUGCAAUAAAUAACGGACUGGACCCUGAGCAGAACGAGCACUCUCACCACGAGCCCUACCACGAUCAAAAAUUCAUCAAUCAAUUGUCCUCCCUCUGCAAGAAUAUUCGGCGUAUCGAAUUUGACGGCCUCUUCAACCCUCUCUGGGCUCUUGCACUCAGCAAAAAUUUCAACUUUCUCAUCAAGUUAGAGCACCCCUUCGAGAACAUUGACGCAGUCGAACCUUCAAGUGCCUGGACUUUAAUCAACCCGAAAUCAGUCGAUCUGUCAGCCGAGUUCAGGGGCUACGAACCGUUGGCAUCAAAUAGUCAGGUUUAUAUCAAGCUACCGGAUCACCUGAACUACGCCAGAAAACGCGGGAGGCUGAUCAUGGGAAGGCAAUACGCGGAACUCGAAAGCAGCGUUACUGAAUACAGGCCAGGCCACCCCAAGUCAUCUGAGGAUCAGGAACCCGGACCUGAUUAUUAUCUGCCGGAUGCCGCUAUACGGGUUGCAUGA